UGCUCAGAGACUGCCUUAGGUAAAAGGCACAACAAAGCAGCAGUAGAAACAGAUUUGUGAGCAGACAAUGAGGAUGGACCAACUUGUCGCACUGCUGAAUGCCAUAGCUGUGGGGCUUCUGCUUCUCCUUGCCCAAGGACAGGCUCAGGACUCUGCCGGCCCCAUCCGGACCACACUCACAGGACAGGUGCAGGGCAGCCUCGUCCAUGUGAAGGGCACCGACGUAAGGGUCCACACCUUCCUGGGAAUUCCCUUUGCCAAACCACCUGUAGGACCACUGCGGUUUGCACCCCCUGAGGCCCCUGAACCCUGGAGUGGUGUGAGGGAUGGGACCUCCCACCCUCCCAGAUGUCUACAAAAUACUGAUAGAAUGAGUACAUUAGUACUGAACCUCUUGAAUUUUUCCCAACCCACCACCCCUGUGUCUGAAGACUGCCUUUACCUCAACAUCUACACACCUGCUCAUGCCCACGAGGACUCUAACCUGCCUGUAAUGGUAUGGAUCCAUGGUGGUGGACUAGUUGUAGGCACAGCUUCCAAAUAUGAUGGUUCCAUGCUGGCAGCCUUUGAGAGUGUUGUUGUGGUCACUAUCCAGUAUCGCCUAGGUAUUCUGGGCUUCUUCAGUACUGGAGACCACCACGCCGCUGGCAAUUGGGGCUACUUGGACCAAGUGGCUGCUCUACGUUGGGUACAGCAGAAUAUCGCCCACUUUGGAGGCAACCCUGACCGUGUCACCAUUUUUGGCUCAUCAUCAGGUGGCACAUGUGUGUCCUCCCAUGUGUUGUCCCCCAUGUCCCAAGGACUCUUCCAUGGUGCCAUCAUGGAGAGUGGGGUGGCUUUACUGUCCCCCCUCAUCUCCAACUCAUCAGAGCCCAUCUGCACAAUGGUGGCCAACCUGUCUGGCUGUGGGCAGAUAGACUCAGAGGCCCUGGUGAGAUGCCUGCGGGGCAAGAGUGAAGAGGAGAUUCUGACUAUAACAAAGACCUUCAAUAUCAUCCCUGCUGUAGUGGAUGGUGCCUUUCUGCCCAGGCACCCGAAAGAGCUGCUGGCCUCUGCUGAUUUUCAACCGGUUCCCAGCAUCAUUGGUAUCAACAAUGAUGAGUAUGGCUGGAACAUCCCUAUGGUCUCUGGGAUUACUGACCCCCAGAAGGAAAUGGACAGAGAGACCUUGAAAGCUACUCUGCACAAGUUCUCAGUACAGAGGAUCUUGCCCACCGACUCUAUUGACCUUGUGAUAGAGGAGUACAUGGGAGACAACGAUGACAGCCAGAAUCUUCAAGUCCAAUUCCAGGAAAUAGUGGGAGAUAUCAUCCUUGUGAUCCCUAUAUUCCAAGAAGCACAGUUUCAGAGUUCCCGUGGCCCUGUCUACUUCUAUGAGUUCCAGCAUCCACCCAACUUCCUCAAGAAUAUCAGGCCGCCCCAUGUGAAGGCUGACCAUGGUGAUGAGGUUUUCUUUGUCUUUGGACCCUCCUUCUGGGGUAAUCAAAUUGAAUUCAAUGAGGAAGAGGAGCUGCUGAGCAGGAAAAUGAUGAAGUAUUGGGCCAACUUUGCUCGAAAUGGGAACCCUAAUGGUGAGGGCCUCCCCCACUGGCCUGUGUUGGACCACGAAGAGCUGUACCUACAGCUAGACAUCCAACCUGCUGUGGGCCAUGCCGUGAAGGCCUUCAGGCUGAAGUUCUGGAUGGAGACCCUGCCCCAGAAGAUCCAGGAGCUGAAGAGGGCUGAGGAGAAGCACACAGAGCUGUAGCUCCCUGUGUGGGGAUGGAGAAUAGGACUGAGAGAAAAUGGUGUCUGCCUGGAACAUCCCAUACACCCUGAAGGGCAUGGCUUUACCCCAUGGACAUACAACCAUUCAUCUAUUCUCCCUCCAGCCAGCCAGACAGUGCCUAUGAAGAACCCAUUGCAAAUGUCUAUUACCAAGCUUGCCACAGAUUCCCUCCUGUUAGAAACACUCACUACAUUGCCAGGGAGCUGGGGAUGGGUAAGUCCUAAUGGACACCCACUUUCUUCCAUACCUCACUGGCUUGGACCCCCUCCUCACCUCCUCACCUCUUCUGCUCACACUCUCUCCUCUUCUCCCAGCCCUACCUCCUCUCCACUUUGAGAAAUGCACUUUGGCAAGCACUGCUAUAUGUGGGUGUCAGAAGCCCACAUCCACCUCUCAGCAAGACCCCAUGUUCUCAGAUCUGUAAGAGGCCAAGAGAAAUCUGGGCCCCAGAAACCCCAGAGUCUUAGUCUGUUCAGGGUGCUCUCAGUUUUGGAAGCUGCAAAAUCCAGUAAGUAGCCAGGUGAUCUGGGGGUCUGGUGAGGGUUUACUCUGGGUUCUUCUACGUCACAUUGUCACUAUUUCCUAGUAUAGCAGAAGGGAUGAUCAAGCUUUCUCUGGCCUCUUUUAUAUGGGAACCAGUCCAGUUCUCUUCCAAAUGCUCCCCUCCUUAAUACUGUCACACCAAAGGCUUGUUUUCUAUAUGUAAAUAUGAAGGUUGUAAACCUUCACCCCACCACGCUUAAUGUUCCCAGAUCUUAAUCAGUGAGGCUACAACUAAUAAACAUGUGAGUCUUCCACCUCUUGCGCUUGAAGAUUAAAUGUCAUUCAUGUUAAUGCAUGAAACAAUCCACUCACUCAUCUCUCUGUGUUCCAAGGAGGUGUGUAACAAUCAAGAGUGGAACCUGGACCCUGGACCCUGGAACUUGGGCCAGCUGGAGUAUGUCCAGUUUCACAGUCUCUUUGGUGGUGGAUCUCCUGAAGUUUGCUCUUUUUCUCAUGGUUUUCAAAUGCUAUGAGGCCUACAAUUGUACAGUCAGGGCACAUUUGUGAAGGGCUUUUGUCUCUGGAGUGUAUCCUAGAAAUGGGACUGGGGAGUCAAGAAGGUCCAGGCAUAUCUAUCAGAAGACAUUCCUGUCCCCUGGCUCCUUUGAGGGCUUUCUCAUUAGAGGAGGUGUCCUGUGCCUUUCAGAAUUCCCCUCAUAGACUCCUGGGCUCCCAACCAUCCCCUA